UUGCACGCAGCGGGCUCUGGAGAAAGGCACAUCUUGCGCUUCUGCUGGAGGCUGGGUUGGAUUCUGCAGAGAGAUCUUUGCCAUGCUUGUCACAACACAGCUCCGUGCCUGGCCUUUCCUGGUCGGGCUGGGUGUUUUUAUGCCCUUCCACUUGGCUCAGACCAAGGCAAAGGAGGUGACUGAAGAUGCCGCUUCAGGGCUUAGGAUGGACCAAGCAGGGAAAACCCCAGAUGAGCAUAGAGCACCAUCAGUGAACCCAAACUUUUGUGAUCUUAGCUUCCACAUCCCCUGGUCUGGCAGUGCUUGCACACCAACUGUCCCAGCAUCCCCACUAGCCUCUCAGGAAGACCUGGACCAUCUGAAGACCCUGUUGGAAGAUGCUGGCAGCAUCCUAAUGAACCUGCAGGCUGCUGCUGCUGUAGAGGCCAGUCAGUCCAGGUAUCAGGACAUUGUUUCCGAGCUGCUGCCAGGAAUAAGAGAGGCCAACUUGGAGUUUCAUGAGAUCCUGCAGAAGUUCUUGCGGGAACUUGAGGACCACAUCCAAGAGGACGAUCAUCCGCAUGUGACAGAUGAAAAAAAGAAGUUACAGGAACACUUACGGAUGAUGGAUCAUCUGCUUCAAGUCACCGGCCGCCUUGCAGAGCAGUUGGAUCAAGUAUCCCAAAACCUCUUGGUGACACUAACCAAGCCCCUGGAGGAAAUCACUUCCAUUUUGUCUAGGAGUGUCCUGCAGCCCUCUUAACCAUGUUCCACUGCGAAGGCACCAAAAGCUCUCAUGGAUUCAGCUGCCACCAUGUUCUAGCAUUUCCAUGCAUGCACCUUGUUCCUUUGCCACAGCGUGUGCAGUUUAGCAUGCACAGAAGCUUCUUUUGUAGAAUUCUACAUGGAAUGUCAGGCCAGGCUUAGGACAACCUUUGGACAAGAUGGCGAGAAGUUAGUGGGGCUGGGAGCUUUGACUUUCAAAAGCUUGUA